AUGCUGCGUGCGGAGGCGCCCUCAUUCGAGCCCGGCCGCGCUGGCUUGGGCGGCAACGCAGCAGAAGGGUCACUAGCACGGGACCAGGCCAGCGCGGGUGCACCCACGCAGUGGUGGAGUGGCUUGGCCGGCGGCCGGUGCCCCAUCUCGCUGACGCCCCUGGAGGAGCUCAGCUGCGAGCCCUUCGGACUCCUCACCGACGCGGGCGGGGCAUGCGAGCCCGAGGCGGGCAUCUGGGGGGCCGGUGCCGUGGCCGCACUCCGCUCCGCGUCGUCGCAGGCGGUCCACUGGUUCGACGGGCGAUGUCUGGCAUCGUUCCUCACCUCAAGCGGGAGGCUGAUCGAUCCAGUGAACAGGCGCCCGCUGAGCCGGGGUGAGUGCGAGUCGCUCGACGCAUACCUCCUCUCCAACGGGCUGCCAGAGGCGCACGUGUCCUGCGUCUUCGACCUACCCUGA